UGAACAAUGUAUUGAUGCUAAAAAGCAAUAUCGAAAUAAACUUUAGGGUUAAUCUCAGUUUACUACCCUGAAGUUUAGUGACUUUCAACAUUUGGUACAUGAAGUUUUUUUUUCGUCCCAGACUCAUACCUCAAGUUUUAAUUUUAUAACAGUUUCAUACAUUCGUUAAGUUUUCCGUUAGAUACUCUGUUAACUGAUGACGUGGCGUCUAUGUGAACAAUAACUGAACGUUACGUGUCAAUAUGACCCCAUUUCAAUAUUAAAAAAAAUAAAUAUAUAAAAAAAUAAAUAAAAAAUAAAAAACCCACCCGCCUCCUACAACCCCCAACCAUCUCCCUUCCUUCUUCCCUUUGCAACCUGCACCCUCUCCCCUAAAACCAGUCUCCCCCAAGCUUACUCCAACCACCAAAACUAGUCUCCCCCAACCUUCCUCUUCCAACCUGCAACCCGCACCCUCUCCCCCAACUUUCCUUCACCACCAAAACCAAUCUCCCCCAACCUGCACCCUCCCUUCCUUCUUCCUUAAGAUCCAAGCUCACUCCCGCGUUUCUUCUUCCCUCUGUAACCUGCAAUCUGCCAUCUCCUCUGAAAAUUCCAACCAGGUCCUUUUUCUUCUUAUCCAUUCCAAAUUGUUUGCUACAGAAUACAAUUUCACAUUUUUCACAUCGCCGGCGGCCUGCACAAAAUGGCGACAACUUGUUUUCUCUUGUCCAUUACUUUGCUGCUGGUCCAGAACUGCUGUAUUUAUAUGCCUAACUUCACAAUAGGCGCAGUAGCAACAAAAUCCAACAUCAGCACAGAUGAGUCUGCUCUUAGUGCUCUGAAAGCCCAUGUCACUAGUGACCCUCAAAACAUCUUGACGACCAACUGGUCUACCUCCAAUUCCAAUAUUUGCAGCUGGAUUGGCGUUACUUGCGGUCUACGUCACCUCAGAGUCACAGCCUUGAAUCUCUCUUACAUGAAUCUCACAGGCACUAUCCCUCCCCACUUAGGCAACCUCUCAUUUCUUGUUCGACUGGAAUUCGGAAACAACAGUUUCCAUGGUACUUUGCCCCAGGAAUUGUCUCGCUUGCGCCGAUUGACAAGAGUUAGCUUCGCGAACAAUAUCUUUGUGGGGACCAUCCCAUCAUGGCUCGGAUCCUUAUCUAAACUUCAAAGGAUGAGAUUGAAUGGUAAUCAGUUUUCUGGUUCGAUACCCACUGCUAUCUUCAACUUAUCUGCACUUCAAGGAAUUGAUCUUAGCAAUAACCGAUUAUCAGGUAGCAUACCGAGAGAAAUUGGAAACUUAACAAUGCUCAAGGCAAUAUCCCUUGACAACAACAAAUUCACAGAAAUUCCAAGGGAGAUGGGAUUUUUAGAUCAGUUGGAGGACUUGUAUGUGCAGUUCAAUGCCCUGAAGGGGCCUCUUCCUAUGGCUGUCUUCAACAUAUCUACUCUGACUACUCUAACUGUAUACCAAAACAGCUUGAUUGGAAGUAUUCCAGACAAUGUAUGUCAGCACCUUCCAAAUAUUCAGGUGUUGCAUUUGGGUAGCAACCAGUUUUCUGGGCCACUUCCUUCCAAAUUAGGGCAAUGCAAGGGGCUUCGUAUAUUGUUAAUGGGGGAGAACAAUUUCACUGGAACCAUUCCCAAAAAUAUUGGCAACUUGACCCAGCUGACAGCGUUAUAUCUUGGCUUCAACAAUUUGACAGGUACAAUACCAAAUGAGAUUGGCAAUCUUCAAAAUUUAGAGACUUUGACACUUGGGGUUAAUAAUCUCAAUGGCCUCGUCCCAUCCACAAUCUUCAACAUAUCCAUGAUAAGAGAAAUAGGGCUUUCUUUUGGUCAGCUCUCAGGUAGCCUCCCAGCUAACAUAGGCCUUGGGGUUCCAAACCUAAAAUUCCUUCAUGCAGCAUCAAACAACUUCAGCGGAGGUAUCCCCAACUUCUCCAAUGCUUCUAAGCUCAUCCAGUUAGACAUGAAAAGAAACUCACUAACGGGGUUUAUUCCGAGCACACUUUGUCCCUUAAGAAACCUUCAGCGGCUUAGCUUAAACCAUAAUAAUUUGACGAUUGAUACUUCUACUCCAGAAGCAAGCAUUCUCUCUUGUUUGGCUAGCCUAAGAAAUUUGACAACAUUAUACUUGGGUAAUAAUCCAUUAAAUGACACGCUUCCGGUGUCUCUUGGGAAAUAUUUCUCUCCAUCCCUUCAGUACCUUGACCUAAGCAGUUGCAACUUAAGGGGAAGCAUUCACAUGGAUAUUGGAAACUUGAGCAGCUUGAUAGCAUUAGCCUUGGAUAAGAAUCAAUUGAGUGGAACAAUUCCAACUUCAUUAGAAAGGCUACGGAAUCUCCAAGUUUUAUAUUUGAACAAUAACAGGUUGCAAGGAUUCAUCCCAUCUGAACUUUGUCAACUAGAGAACCUAGCUUAUGCAGUAUUGGACGGUAAUCAACUCUCUGGUCCUAUACCUUCCUGCUUGGGUACUCUGGCCGUCGCUCUAAGAAGUCUAUCGUUGGGGUCGAAUUUGUUAACUUCCACAAUACCAUCUACCUUGUGGGGACUUGCUGAUAUAUUGUACCUGAACUUGUCAUUCAACUCUCUAAUUGGAUCACUCUCAGAGGACGUUGGAAAACUGAGAGUUGUCAUUGAGAUGGAUUUAUCAAACAACCAUUUCUCAGGUAGUCUACCAAGCAGCAUUGGGGGUCUUACAAAUUUAGUUAAUCUCUCCUUGCAAAACAAUAAUUUUGAAGGCCCUAUUCCUAGUUCAUGUGGCAACUUGCUUAGCCUAGAACUUUUAGAUUUAUCAAACAACAAUCUGUCUGAAAUGAUUCCAAAGUCAUUGCAAGCACUUGUACACCUCAAGUAUCUAAAUUUGUCUUCCAAUAAACUCCAAGGAGAAAUUCCAAUGGGCGGGCCUUUCCGAAACUUCUCAGCUCAAUCAUUUGCUUCGAAUGGUUUACUUUGUGGUGUACCCCGACUGAAAGUUCCACCAUGCAAAAAAGAUACAGAACAACCGCAUUCAAGGAAAGCUGGAGCACCCAUCCUGAAAUAUAUUAUUCCAGGGGUAUUAUCAGCACUGCUCAUCGUGGCCGCUGUUUCGAUGUUGAUAUUACGCAGGAAAAGGAAUGUGGAAGUUGCAAGGGAGACGGUCUUGUCGCCUCAAUUUCAAUGGAGAAGAGUUUCACACCUGCAACUUGUAAGGGCGACAAAUGGAUUUAACGAAAACAACUUACUUGGCAACGGGGGUUUUGGCUCCGUAUAUAAAGGAACACUUUCGGAUGGGAUAGAUGUUGCGGUAAAGGUUUUCAAUUUACAGAUAGAAGGGGCUUUCAAGAGUUUUGAUAGUGAAUGUGAAGUGAUAAGCAAUAUUCGUCACCGGAAUCUUAUCAAAAUCAUCAGUAGUUGCAGUCAAAUUGAUUUCAAAGCCCUGGUACUCCAGUACAUGCCUAAUGGGAGCCUUGAGAAGUGGUUGUAUUCUCAAAACUCUCCUUUGAAUAUCCUUCAAAGGUUGAACAUAAUGAUAGAUGUCGCAUUGGCUUUGGAAUACCUUCACCAUGGUUAUUCGACACCUGUUGUGCAUUGCGACAUGAAGCCAAGCAAUAUACUGCUAGAUGAAGAUAUGGUAGCACAUGUUGCUGAUUUUGGCAUUGCGAAACUCUUGGGUGAAGGAGAUUCUUUCACACAAACCAUGACCCUAGCGACGAUUGGGUAUAUGGCUCCAGAGUAUGGCAUGGAUGGAAUUGUUUCCACAAAAGGGGAUGUGUACAGUUUUGGUAUUGUACUUAUGGAAACGUUCACAAAAAGGAAGCCAACAGAUGAGAUGUUUGCUGGGGAAAUGAAUUUAAAGCAAUGGAUUUCAAAUUCAUUAUUUCAAGAUGUAAUUUUUGAAGUUGUGGAUGCCAGCUUACUUCAAACGGAGGAAGAUCGUGAUUUUUCGAGCAAGAGGGAUUGUUUAUCAUCCAUUCUGAGAUUAGCUCUAGGUUGUUCUGCCGAAUUUCCGGAGGAGAGAGUUAGUAUGCCAGAUGCUGUAGCCACACUCAAUAAAAUCAAGAUUAAGUUUUUGAAGGCCAAUGGAGGAAAGUAGAGUCAAGAACUUCGAGAAAGUUGAGGAGGUGGAUAAAUUCCUUCACCAGCCUCAACCCUAACUUGGUUGCCAAGGAAACUCACCUCCCACCGGAGCGGAACUUUCACCUUUUAUCUGGCU